AUGAGAGAAAUUGUACAUAUUCAAGCAGGUCAAUGCGGUAACCAAAUUGGUGCCAAGUUCUGGGAAGUCAUUUCUGAUGAACACGGUGUUGACCCAACUGGUGCAUACAAUGGUGAUUCCGAUUUGCAAUUGGAAAGAAUCAACGUUUACUACAAUGAAGCCACCGGUGGAAGAUAUGUCCCUCGUGCCAUCUUGAUGGACUUGGAACCAGGUACAAUGGACUCUGUAAGAGCUGGUCCAUACGGACAAAUCUUUAGACCAGAUAACUUUGUGUUUGGUCAAACAGGAGCAGGUAAUAACUGGGCUAAGGGUCACUAUACUGAAGGAGCUGAAUUGAUUGAUUCAGUUUUGGAUGUUGUGAGAAAGGAAGCUGAAAGUUGCGAUUGUUUGCAAGGAUUCCAAAUUGCUCACUCAUUGGGAGGUGGUACUGGUUCAGGAAUGGGUACAUUGUUGAUUUCCAAGAUUAGAGAAGAAUAUCCAGACAGAAUGAUGAUGACCUUCUCUGUUUUCCCAUCUCCAAAGGUCUCCGAUACCGUCGUCGAACCAUACAAUGCUACUCUCUCUGUUCACCAACUUGUAGAAAAUGCUGAUGAAGUCAUGUGUAUUGACAACGAGGCUUUGUACGAUAUUUGCUUUAGAACUUUGAAGCUCACAACUCCAACAUUUGGUGAUUUGAACCACUUGGUUUCUAUUGUCAUGUCAGGUGUUACCUGUUGCUUACGUUUCCCAGGUCAAUUGAACUCUGACUUGAGAAAGUUGGCAGUGAACUUGAUUCCAUUCCCACGUCUUCACUUCUUCCUUAUUGGUUUUGCUCCAUUGACAUCUAGAGGUUCACAACAAUACAGAGCUUUGACUGUUCCAGAAUUGACUCAACAAAUGUUCGAUGCUAAGAAUAUGAUGGCUGCUUCUGAUCCAAGACACGGUAGAUAUUUGACUGCUUCUGCCAUGUUCAGAGGUAGAAUGAGUACUAAGGAAGUCGACGAACAAAUGCUCAACGUCCAAAAUAAGAACAGCUCAUACUUUGUUGAAUGGAUUCCAAACAAUAUCAAGUCCUCUGUCUGUGAUAUUCCACCAAGAGGUUUGAAGAUGGCUGCUACUUUCAUUGGUAACUCGACUGCCAUUCAAGAAAUGUUCAAGAGAGUGUCUGAACAAUUCACUGCCAUGUUCAGAAGAAAGGCUUUCUUGCACUGGUACACUGGUGAAGGAAUGGAUGAAAUGGAAUUCACUGAAGCUGAAUCCAACAUGAAUGACUUGGUCUCUGAAUACCAACAAUACCAAGAUGCUACUGCUGAAGAGGAUGGAGAAUUCGAUGAAAAUGCUGAAGGUGAAGCCAAUGCUGAAGAGCAACCAGCUGAUUAUUAA